CCGGCGAGGGAGCAGCAAACGGCCGGCGGCGGGCGCCGCGCGGGGGGCGGUCGGCGCGGAGGAGGCGGCGGCGGCCAUGGCCGAGGCGUCACCGCAGCCCGGUCGGUACUUCUGCCACUGCUGCUCGGUCGAGAUCGUGCCGCGCCUGCCGGAUUAUAUUUGCCCAAGAUGUGAGUCUGGCUUCAUCGAGGAGCUACCAGAAGAGACCAGGAGCACAGAGAACGGUUCUGCCCCCUCCACAGCCCCCACGGACCAGAGCCGGCAGCCGUUUGAGAACGUGGACCAGCACCUGUUCACACUGCCGCAGGGCUAUGGACAGUUUGCUUUCGGCAUCUUUGACGACAGCUUCGAGAUCCCCACAUUCCCUCCCGGGGCACAGGCGGAUGACGGCAGGGACCCCGAGAGCCGGCGGGAGAGAGAGCACCCGUCCCGGCACCGGUAUGGCGCCCGGCAGCCCCGCGCCCGCCUCACUGCACGGCGGGCCACCGGCCGGCACGAAGGCGUCCCCACGCUGGAAGGGAUCAUCCAGCAGCUGGUCAACGGCAUCAUCACCCCUGCCACCAUCCCCAACCUGGGCCUGGGCCCCUGGGGUGUCCUCCACUCGAAUCCGAUGGACUACGCCUGGGGGGCCAAUGGCCUGGACGCCAUCAUCACGCAGCUCCUCAACCAGUUUGAAAACACAGGCCCCCCGCCCGCAGACAAGGAGAAGAUCCAGGCCCUCCCUACUGUCCCCGUCACCGAGGAGCAUGUAGGCUCUGGGCUCGAGUGCCCCGUGUGCAAGGACGACUACGCACUGGGCGAGAGCGUGCGGCAGCUGCCCUGCAACCACCUGUUCCACAACGGCUGCAUCGUGCCCUGGCUGGAGCAGCACGACAGCUGCCCCGUCUGCAGAAAAAGCCUCACAGGACAGAACACGGCCACAAACCCCCCGGGCCUGACUGGGGUCAGCUUCUCGUCCUCGUCCUCAUCCUCGUCCUCCAGCUCGCCCAGCAACGAAAACGCCACAAGCAACUCCUGAGCCCUGCAGAGCUGGCACCGCACCCCACCCCACCCACAGUGCCCUGCAGUCGCUGGGAAAGUUCUGGUCCUUUCCCACCCACCCCUGGCUCCACCACUACCACGGCACCCGCGGACUGAGGUGCCUGGGCCACACCCACAUCUGGUCGGUCAGUGCCCGGUGGGCCCCAGGCUGUCAGGCAAAGCUCGGAGGACCUGCCUCCUCCAGGGUGGGACCAGAGCUUGGCCGCCUAGCUCCGGCUGCUUGGCCCUCCCAGGGGAAGGGAUGUCCCGUGCCCCGGUUCUCCUGGCACAGAGGGUGCAGGCCACAGGGCCCCCUCAGGGGGUGUCCCCAACCUUCCCGUUCCCUCGUGUCUAACUUCACCCCCUAAAUGUUCACUGGCGGAAAGGUUUUUAUAAUUUUAAAUUAUUACUGCCUUGAAAUAAAUGGACGUUUGAGCUCACACGCGGCCAUGCAUGAUCUGUGGAAGGACAGGGCAGAGCUACUCUGCCAGGGUUGCCAGUGCCCCCAGCACAGGCCGCUUACCCCCCCCCCCCCGUCCUGCCCCCAUGGCUGCCUCCGUGACCCAGAGCUUGGGGGCUCAGGACUGUGCAGCAGGCACUGGGCUUGGGGCCACGAGGAAGACCAGCAACAGCCAAGAACAAAACUGCCGCAACAGAUGCUUUUUAAAGGGAAAAUGUGUAUGUGGAGAGCUAUUUAAAAUACAUCUACUUAAAAAGAGGA